AUGUCUAGCACAACGACGACCACCCAAACCUCCCAGCUUUCACCUUUGAAGCUUAGCUCGCUAAACGGCAAGUCAGAAGAGUCGCAAGAGAACUACAAAUAUGCUCGACUCCUUCCUGUCUUCGUUAAUAACCAGUAUCCUCCUUUGACGCCGUUCGAUCACGUCGAUCCCGGACAUCGGGCUCUCACCCACCCUAAUCCCAGAACCUUCCUUGACGGUGCUACUAGUAUUGUUGACCUGACCCCGCACCUUGGUACAGAGAUCCGUGGUGUCAAUCUUGCAACACUUGACUCGGAUGGAAGGGAUCAACUAGCUCUCGAAGUCGCUAAAAGGGGUGUUUUGGUGUUCAGGGACCAACUGGACUUUAUUGACCGUGGUCCAGAUUUUUACCUGCAGUUUGGAAGGCACUUUGGCCGACUUCAUAUUCAUCCAUGCUCUGGUCAUCCCGAGGGCUAUCCCGAACUACAUCUUGUCUACAAGAGCGCAAAUGCUACUUUCAACUUUGAGCAAAGUGAUAGCGUCACGUCGACUCUAUGGCACUCGGACGUCUCGUACGAGCUCCAGCCCCCUGGCUUGACCGGCCUUUUCUUGCUAUCGUCGCCGGAGACAGGUGGCGAUACAUUAUUCACGUCUCAAGUCUCUGCUUUGAAGAAACUAUCUCCGCAAUUUGUUGCCUUCCUUCGCACGUUGAAGGCUGUACAUUCAGGUGUUGAGCAAGCAAACCACUCUCGUGCUGGAAAGAGGGGCGGCAUAGUUCGUCGAGAACCCGUGGAAAAUGUUCAUCCUAUCGUCCGCCGCCAUCCAGUGACUGGUGAGGAAGCUCUAUACGUGAACAGACAGUUUACGCGUCGAAUCGUUGGUCUAAAGCGGGAGGAAUCAGAAACUAUCUUGCGCUUCCUCUACGACCAUAUCGACAAGGGCGGAGAUAUCCAGGCGCGCCUUAAAUGGGCUCCUCAUACUAUUGUGCUCUGGGAUAACCGUGUAACUGCCCAUUCAGCCAUUGUGGACUAUGCUGAUUCAAAGGAAACGCGCCAUGGUGUUCGUAUCACCCCUCAGGCAGAGCGCCCUAUUCCGGCCUGGGAAGGACUGGAUCUUAGCUCGUAA